AUGGUACAAGAAUUGGUACAAGAACAGACAUCAGUAAAACCCAAAAGGAACGAAACCUCUAGGUUACCAUUAACACCUCCAGCAACCGUUGAAAAGAAACAGACCGAUGAGAAUGCAAAUAUUGCUAAAGUGAGUCCCAAGAAGCUCCUUCCACAGCUGAAAAAAAGUAAUAGGAAACCUAGACUCAAAUAUAGACCUGAUCCGUUUUCAGUUUUCCACCUCAAUGAUUAUUUGGAUGGGUUAGACGGAGAUAAAGAUGCUGAUUUUGUUAGAUAUGCAUUGAGACAUAGUAAAAGAAUAGUAACCGUUGCAGGAGCUGGUAUCUCUGUAGCGGCGGGCAUUCCAGACUUUAGAUCGAAAACAGGGCUGUUUAAAUCGUUAUCAGGUAAAAAGUCUACUGGUUUGUCCUCAGGUAAAGAUUUGUUCGAUUUCAACCAAGUUUAUUCUUGUGAUGAGAUGAGUAUUAAGUUUAACGGUAUGAUUACAGAUCUACAUAGACUGGCACAGGAAUCACAAUCUACUGCUUUCCAUUCCAUGCUGAACGAAAUUGCUGCCGAAGGUAGAUUACAAAGAUUGUAUACUCAGAAUAUCGAUGGAUUGGACACGAGAUUGACACAUUUGAAUACUAAAAUACCGUUGGAAAAACCAGCACCAGUGACUAUUCAAUUGCAUGGAAGCAUCAACCACGUAGAAUGCAAUAUGUGCUCCAAGAUCGAUAAAUUGGACCCGUCAAUUUUCAAGUGCAAUUCAGAAGAUACUACGAAUGGAACUCAAGUGGUCCCCACUUGUUCACAAUGUGAAGAGUACGAAGCUGUUAGAAUGGUUGCAGGGCUGAGAUCUAAAGGUGUGGGUAAAUUGAGACCAAGAGUGGUUCUUUAUAAUGAAAUGCAUCCGGAAGGUGACUUAAUUGGUGAAAUUACUUCACAUGAUAUAAAGAAGAAACCCGAUUGUCUGAUAGUUGUUGGUACAAGUUUACAAAUCCCCGGUGUCAAACAACUAUGCAAGCAAUUUGUUCAGACGAUAAGGGCUCGCAAGGGAAUCGUACUCUAUUUGAAUAAAGAUCUACCGUCUCAAAGUGUCCUAGACUCCAUCGGCUGGGUUGAUUUAAUUGUGCUUGGCGAUUGCCAAGACGUAUCCAAACUUCUUUAG